AUGAAACCCACCACUCUCUUGGUUCAGUGCUCUGUUGCAUUGCUAGUACUACUGCUCUCUGGACCCAAACAGACAGCUGGAGUGAUUGUCGUCCCCUGUUGCCAAAAAACAAGUCACACCAAAGUAGAACUUGAGAAGCUUGUGAGCUACAAGUUUCAGGACCGACCACUAUGCGCCCUGCGGGCUGUAAAAUUCACCACAAUCAAGGGUAUCGUGAUCUGUUCAGACCCGUCCACUAAAUGGGCCAAGAGAGCGAUGAAAUACUUGGACGAGAAACGUAAAUCUCCUCUCAGGACAACGACUAUGGCGACGACAACCACCACAGCUACAGCAACAACUACAACAGCAACUCAAGAGAACUACAAGUCUCAUCACUCAACGACAGACAACCCUGCUCUACAAAACACAACAACCAUUCAUAUGCUCUUCCCGAACAAAAAACCCUUUUGA